AUGAGAUAUAAUUUACACAAGUUAGAUUUUUUAUCCAAUUCACAACAUUUUAAUGUAAUAGCUCUAUUGUAUACUUUUUUUAAAAUUUAUUCACCCUUUGUACUAAUAAUUCUCGCUUUAAUCUACCAUGUUUUUUCCUGUUUCCCAAAACUGCCGCAGCAUUUUUUAGAUAGAAUGCCAAAAAGUGAUUCUGACUACGAGCCGCUAGCAGAUAAAGAAGAAAUGAACGAACCUGAUAAUAAAGUUCCGGUGACCGCUCCGCUUCCCUUCUUCAGCCUCUCAAACUUACCUAAAUUUAAUAAUGGAGAACAAGACUUCAGCUAUGACCCAGAUGAGGCCAAGAAAAAGGUGAAUCUUCGUCCAUCAGCGCCUAUUAGUCUGUUCGGCUCCCAAGGUGGAGUGAUGAACGGGUUUUUUUCAGCGCCUCAGGGGAUACAUAUGCAUACGCCUGGCGCUUUUCAACAAAAUAAGAUAAAAAAUUCGGCGGGUGUUGGCAAGGGCAAAGUGUGUGACGGUGGAUCUAAUAAUGUGUCGGAUGUCGGCAGUGCGAUAGAAGAUGGUACAAUGGAGAUGUUCAGAUACGACCCGCAGCCGAUCCACGGAAGUAAGAAAGAAUCUUUGACUGAUUCUAAGCUGAUUCAGCCCCAUCGGAUACUCCCGAUGUUCCCCUUUGUCCCAUCUAUAUCGGAAGAGGGUUUAGGUAAGGAUUUUUCAAGGGGGAAGGAACACAGUCGAGACUUUACCAAACGCGAUUUGAAGCACAUAAAACACUCUUUGAGCCGCAAAACUUCCGAGGUUCAUGAGUCUUUCAAGGGUGUUACUGCCUCAGCAGAAAUCCGCGAAAUCUGCCAAGUCAAACUCUGGAAGAAGAUGAUUGAAAAAAACAAAUCCCUUUUCAAAUUCCCUGGCAACCUCAAACAUCGAACUUCUCUACAAAUUCCACAACAACCUAAAACUGACCCUGCCCACCUAGAAGAACUAGCUGAUGCACAGCGAACCGAUGGUAAAUUAGAGUCUGAAAAAUUAGAAGCCGAUAAAAAGGUGAAUAAGACCAUUAAAGAUAUGGAAAUGGCAUGGGCGAUUAACCGAUUUUACACACUCGCAGACGAGGUAGUUGUUGAUUUGGAUUUGUUUGACGCAGAUGACGAGCUUGACACUGAGUUGAAAGCCCUGAGAAAAUCACUACGUAAACUCUCAAACCAAAAGAUUACAGUUUACCCUUACCAACUCAUGAACUAUCCCUCAAAAAUCUCAAACAAUACAAAUAAAAACCUCUUCUGGCUAAUCGAUGACGACUCCUCCGAUGAACAAGAUCAACCAGAUGAUAACCAAGCCGAUCAAUCAGAACCUGCAGCACAUCAAGAAGAACAAUCUAAAUUAAACACACAAGAAUUGAAUACACAGGAAUUGAAUCCACAGGAAUUGAAUGCACAAGAAUUAAACACACAGGAAUCGGAUGUAAAAGAUGAUUUGGAUGUAAAAGAUUCGGAUUUACAGGAUCAACUGGAUGUAAAUGAUUCCGAUUUAAAUGAUGAGUUGGAUGUAAAAGAUUUGGAUUUACAGGAUGAAUUAAAUUUAUCAGAAGAGUUUGAUGUAGGAGAUGAUUUGAAUGGAGAGCCAGAAGAAUUAGGAGCUGAACAACUGGAACCUGUACGGGUGGACCAGAAAGAAUCAUCGGAGAAGGUGGAUAUAAUAGAUGAAUUAGAGUUAGAGUUGGAGUUGGAAAAUGAGUUGGAUGAUAUAGAGAAUGAAUUAGAGCGAGAACUGACGAAGGAGACGUUGUCAGUGACCGAGACAGCUGAGCCCAUUAUGGAGAGGAGAGACGAAGUAUCUGAACUAUUUGGUGAGUUGAAAGAGUUUAACAUGCCAAGACAAAGCCUUAAUCUCUACGACUACAACUACAGGUGGACCAAGUACAGAAAUGAACUUAAACAUAAACUCACACUCUCAGAUUUCUUAGAAUUUGAAAAUUGCAUGAAGAAUUCCUAUGGUUACACAGGUGUAACAGCUGAUUCAGAUGCUCAAUCAUCCAAAUCCGACAAGAAAUCUGAAGACGAUCCUAACAUAGGACUGCUGUUAAAGUUGUAUAAAGUAAGUAAAACAAACUUAAAGUUGUUAUUACAUUACAAAAAUCCAGAAGUUAUAGCGAUGGUUAACAGCGUAAUCUAUGACUUAAACUCUUCAAAUAUUGUGUAUACGAGCGUUUCAGAAGAUGCCGAUAGUAAGGUGGAUUUGUUACUAAAUGUGCCAUAUAAAGACGAACAUAGUGAUUCCCUUGUAGACAGACUCAAUGACAAGGGAGAUAAGGACGACUCGGUGUUAUUAACUGGAAAGGAAAGUGACGUCAGGAGACAGUGGAGAAAGAGAUUACAGACAAUGAGUAAGGAAACACGCUUAGCAUUGGUUAACAUGGGAAAGAGUUUAAAGUAUAUUGAGAACGCUUUCAUGAAUAUCGAGUCUUCCAGGACAUACGAUUCCAUGGUUGAGUACUGUGAAGUUAACACAUUUUUCAAGAACUGUGACUACUUGGAUAUUUUAAAUCACUCGUUUGACGCACAUUAUUUGUCCCAGGGCCCACAUGAAAUUGGAAAAGACGAUGAAAUCCUUAACAAACGCGAAUUAAUACACACGAGAGUUGCUAGAAAUCUGGUCAACAUCCUGCCGUUAGUGGGAAAUAAGGCUAAAAUACACUUUGCAAGGUUUCAUAAACUGGAUUUCAGAACCGCCUUGCUCAGUUUAAUCAGCGGUAACAGGAAGAAAAGCCACGAGGACCAGAAGUGGCAUCUGAAGUGGCAAGCGCAUCCACCAGUGAAAUCAAUAAUAAAUAUGAAUUACAAGGAUGAUGACAUGGUCGACGGCCUUCAAAACCACUGCAGCAACUACUUUGUAAACUCAACGGACCUGAGCCUGACAGAUGACACCAGGGUUGUGCUCCUGGAAUACGUUGAACAGUAUCCGCUGCUACUAAAUAACAUCGGAAUGACCUCAAGAAUUGAUACGUAUAUUAAUACCAGCAGUAAUAAGGAUAACAGUGACCAAAACCAGAAGGAGAACGUUCUAGGAAAUGUAGUUUACACUAACGAAUAUGAGUUAUUCGGAGUUAAUCACACCCUAAAAACUAAUGAAAUGCAGUCAAUUGUGGAUAACACACUCUUCAAAGCCCCCAUCUUCUACACUAUCAACGAAGUGGAGAGGAAAAAGAAUUUGAAUGCUGAGAAUAAAGGCGAUUCUGAGGAGUCGCAAGUGGAGCAGGAAAAUAACCAACCGCCGCCUGUUAACAACAAGGUAUUGUAUAAUAAUAACGAUAUAACGGGAUUGGGAAUGCCAAUGUUUGACUUUAUAAUAACGAGAUCCACAAAUAACCCGGCAAACCAGUCAGCAGGUGAACAAACUUCUAACGAAGAGUUGUUAUAUAUUAGAGAACUGGACAAUAGUGUGUUAUGCACAGUGGGCCAGUGUGAGCCUAAGAUAACAAUAAAUAACCCAAAGAGUAAGAAUUAUUUGGAGGAUAACAAGUUACUAUUAAAGGCCUGGGUACUGAAGACAGCAAUGAUUAACCCUAUGACAGAUAUGAAACGGCUACGCAAAGUAGCCAGGAAGAAGUUUUACCCAGUGAUUCCAGAGAAAGAGAUUACGGGAGUGCUUAAACAAGUUGAAAGCACUUCAAUUUUCAGUAUGCGUCCUCAAGCACUGGAGAAGAUGAUCCAGGCGACAAUUAAGCCAGAAGUCGUAUGCUCUCUGGAGAGUACCAGGGCCCAGAAAUUCAGGAUUAAAUCCAGAGGAAUUAGACGUCUAAUGAGCCAUGAAGGGAUUUCAGUGGUUUGCUCAAUCCUGCAACAACAGGAGAAUCACUUCAACAGCUCCAUGUCCCAGGCAUUUGAAAAGCUCAAAAGCCUCAAGAAAAAAUACUACACCAGGCUAUCCACACUCAACAUUGACCAAAAUAUCGUCACAAGUAAACUGCAACAAUUCAAUAUCCCACUCAACCAAUACACCCUCUACGGACUCUCAUCCCCAACCAGUGACACAAUUGACAAGGCUAAUAUUAAAGUUAUCGAUAAUACUAACAAUGCUGACAAGGUUAAUAAUCUUAAUAAUAUUGACAAGGUUAAUCCUAAUAGUGUGAAUAAUCCUAAUAGUGUGAAUAAUGUUAAUAAUAAUAUGAAUAAUGUUAACAAUAGUAUGAAUAAUGGUUUGAGUGGUAUAAGUGUGAGGGUGUCGUAUAUAGAGAAGAUAUUGAAGUUGAGUAGUUGGAACAUAGCGAAUGACGUGAGGAUGGUACUGAAGGGGAACGGCCAGUUUUCACUGUACGGUUUAGGAGACCCGUCCAACUGCGGUUUAGCAAUAAACUUGCUAAAGCGUCAGAUUUACACUAACAUUAACACGAACAUGGGCAGUAACAUUUAUAACAUUAGCAUAAUCGGGAAUAACUACGAGGAUCUCAGAAAACUCUCAAUGGACGAGCUUUCAAAGCGCCUGCUAAUGUACGGAGUAAGUGAAGCGGUGAUUAAAACGCUCCCACGCUGGGAUCAAGUGGCACUGGUGAGACAGUACCGGGACGGUUUCGGAGUUGUUAAGAACUUUGAUGAUUCUAACAAGUUUAGAAUUCCACCCAACGAGUAUCAGUCGCAGCUAAGGCAAAUAAUACUUAAGCAGAAGUCAGCACUGGUACACGCAAAUGCAGACUACGCAAAUGUAGACUACGCAAAUGUGGACUACGCAAAUGUAGACUACGCAGAUGAUUACACUGAGGAAAAAGUGGAUAGAAUUGACUCUAGCGAUUUGAUGAACGUGAACAAGUCUGGAAUGGACUCUGGUGGUAACGACUCUGUAGAAAAGGUGGACGACAUAGAGAAGGAAAAGGAAGAGUUGAGAUUACUGAAGGAGUCAAUUAAUAUGAAGAAGAAUCUGGAUUUAGUGAUUGAAGACAGUAAUCUGAUACCGGUUUUGGGCUUAAUGUGGUUACGUCAGAGCAGGAAAACACCGUCAGAACCGUUUGGAAGUGAACGUGCAGUGUUCAUCUACGGCCAAGAAAAUGUGACAAAAGUCCUAAGGUGGAGAAAGAAGUGCGCAGAGAAGAAGACGCAUAUCCCAAAUGAAACUAUUUUCGUGAGUAACGUGAACAAUAACUUCGGAAAACGUAUUUGCCGUAACUGCGGACAGUCCGGCCAUAUCGCAUCAAAUCCUAAAUGCCCACUGUACUCUGGAGACAAGCUUAAGCAUGACCCGCUUUCAAGACAAACGCGCAAGGAGCCUGAAGUUGACACUUCUGACGAUGAUUUGUUAACUAAGCCAAUAGCGCUGAUGAGGGAUACCGAGUCUCUGUUUCACACUGUUAACACCUCCUUCGAUUCUGACGUAGAAUUCCCGCUGGAACCUUCAGAAACUAAACGAAAACGUACAGCAGACACUUUUGACCACAUUCACAGGCUCAAAUAUUCCACUGACCCUAACAUUCUCAGCGGAGUGGCCGGUGUUAACGGAGACGAUAGUGGAGUAUUGAGUACGUCAGACAUAAGGAUAAUCAAUAAGAUAAUAAUAAGUAUAGAGAAGGAGAAUAGGUAUAAGCCGUUUAUGAAUAGGAUUUCAGAGACUAUUGCGCCAAAUUAUUAUAAAGUUAUCCAGAAACCCGUUUGGCUCUCACUUAUCAAGCUAAGGGUUAAAAAUAAAUACUAUACCACAGUAUCCAGUCUCAUGACUGAUAUACUGUUGCUGGAGAUUAACUGCAAGUUGUAUAACUCUGAACACUCACAAAACGCAUGGCUCAGACACAUGUCGCAGAUUCUGGUGGAUGAUCUUACCGCGAGAAUUUCCUCUCACAUUCAAAAUAAACAACAGUCCAAACUCAUCCAACAAAUACACACUAAACACAUCAACUCUUACCGCAACUCACUCAAUACUCAAAAUAUCAACAAUGUAAACGUUAACGGAGUGAAUAUGCCUAAUAAUGUAAAUGUCAACGGAGUGAAUAUGGUCAAUAAUGUAAAUGUCAACGGAGUGAAUAUGGUCAAUAAUGUAAAUGUCAACGGAGUGAAUAUGGUCAAUAAUGUAAAUGUUAACGGAGUGAGUAUUAAUACUGAGGGGAGUAGUUUUAAUACUCAGAACACUAAUUUCAACACCGGGGAUAGUUUUAACACUCAGCAAACUAGCUUUAACACCCAAGAGGUGAGUUUAGACACUCAACAAACUGACUUAAAUACACAACAAACAGAUUUAAACACUCAGGACACUAAUUUCAACACUCAAGAAGUGAAUUUAGAUACACAAAAUACAGAUUUAAACACCCAAGAUGUUAAUUUGAACACUGAAGAAAUGAGUUUGAACACUCAGCAAACAGAUUUAAACACUGAAGAAACGAGUUUGAAUACUCGGGAGAUGAAUAAAAUUUCGGGAAAUUGAGAUUUAAUCGUAGGAUGUAAGAUAUUAUGAGGAGUUCCAACGUGGUAGUGUGGAAUAUUUUAAAUGUUUUAAUUUUUAUAAAA